ACAAUAUAAACCACUAUUCUCUAACAUUAAAGUGAAUAGCGCAAGCCCUGUUAUCAUAAAUAAACAGCCCAUAUAUUCAUGGGAAAAUAUUAUCAAAAGGUUUAUUAACGAAGACGAAAACAAAUAUAAUCGUUUCAUGACUAGGUGUUUGGAAAAGCCUGGAGUAAUGGAAAGAAUCCAUAAAGUAUAUACCGACAAUGCCACAAAACAACUACAACUUAACGAUAACGUUGAAAAAUGUAUAUACUUACAUGCGGAGAUGCACAUUUUGGCCUCCUUAAUUAUCGACAAUGAUUUUAAAAGUAGGGUGUUUAUAGCAGUGUCAAAGAGAUGCUGUUACUUGUGCGAACUUUAUAUUAAUUUUGCAAUAGAACAAGGAUAUAACAUCGUCGUCCCCGGGAAACACCAGAAAUUAUAUGAUAGAUGGUUACUUCCGCAUGUAAAGAAUAGCGACUUCAAGGAUAAAUCCCUGAAAUAUAUACUAGAAAAACUUGAUCAAAUCAUAGAGAAAAAAAUAGAACGCUAUACCAGGAGUUUACCGGGGGAUUCUGACAGUGG